CCGAUAAUCUCUCUUCCCCCCUCGCUCUCCCCUUCGUCGCUCUCUCGUGUCUCUCUCCGCGCGGUCGGAGCAGUGAGCUUUUGCGCCGUCCGGCGGCUGAUAAUGGGCUUAUACUGAGAGGGGUAGACACGUACUCAUCUCCGGUGAAUGAUGGAAGCCACCGCGGCCUUUCACCACUCCAAAACGGUCUCAUUCACCUUCACAUUUCCCGGGAGCAACACUUCAUGCUCUCUCCGGCAUUUCAACAAACAGUUAGCGCUCCACCAGCUCACCACAGCAGAUAUCCGCCGGCAACCUCUCAAACCGCUUGAAACAAAGGCAUUUCGCCAUACCGGCAGAGAAAGAAUCAGGAAGUGUGUUUUGCCUCCACCCAGUGGCUCACUCUCCGCCGCCGCUACUACCUGCCCGGAAUCGCAGAACCCCGUAUCAAAGCUUAGGAAUUUCUCACUCGAAUCGCUGAAAAGGAGACUUCUUGAGCUGACUCCCAUUGAUGUCGUCAAGAUCUCCGGGGUGCUUUCGGUUUCAAUUGCGUCCACAAAGUGGACGGUGAAUCUGUUGCUGAAUCCCUUCUUCUGGAUGUACUUCAGCUGGAGUUGGCUGUUCUGGCCGUGGUUCGUGGCCGUUGCCUUGGCCAUUUACGGCUUAUACUGUCUCAGCAAGCAUUUGCAGGGCAAAGCGAGCAUCUUUGAGCAACUUGCAGUCGUGACUUCUGCAUUCACUUGGCUCACCCUCGUGCCUCCUGCUCACUUCAAUGGAUAUCUCCAAGGUUGGCCCUUCGUGUUCUUCUUCAUCUACCAUUACUUCUUUUUCUUCAACGUCAGUGUUAGGAGAAGGCUCUAUGGUGAUUACUACGCUCGCCCUCACGAUCCCAAGUGGGACAUUGAUCCCCCGAAAUGGCAAAGGUUACUGUUUUGUGUUGGAGUCAUGUUAGGCCACUGGCUUGCUGCUUUUGAAGGACCAGAACUCCACCUAAUCCCCGGAGGUUGGACCAAUGUCGGGGUGUGGAUUUUGAUACUAUCAUCCUUGUUGAUGCAAUAUAUUUCCACUCUGUACCUUGCCAAGUACUCCGAGAAGGUGGUUGUGCCGACAGAAGUCGUGCAAUUUGGGCCGUAUAGGUGGGUCCGCCACCCCAUUUACGCGUCCACGGUGCUGUUGUUUGCAACAUAUUGUACUGCUCUUCAGGCUCCUCUGAGCUUGCUCUUCGUCACUGCGGUGUGUUUGCUAUACUAUGACCAGAAGGUAAAGCUCGAGGAGGCCGUGAUGAUCGAUACAUUCGGGGAGAGGUAUCUGGAAUAUGCGAGUAAAGUCAAGUACAAGUUCAUUCCUUUAGUUUACUAGCUGGCAUAGAGUUAUGGCACUUUUGUCUGUAAGAAUUCAAGAGUCAAAUUCAAAUAGGCAAGCCUGAAAGUCGAAACCCAGGACGAAAUAAUGUAUUUUAUCACUGUACCAUUGCAACUUUGUCCCUGAUUAUCGUGAUCAAUCGAGUGUCUCUUAGCUCUUUAUGAUGUAAAGGCCGUCUUGCCGUUCAAACCAAUCCAAUGUGAUGUUCCAAUUCAAGUGAGUCAAUCAUCUAUAACUCAAGUGUAAGCUCAGCCUUGGAAUCUCUUGCCUGAAAGACCUGAUUUUUUGAAAUAUCUAGCAAACAAGGAAGAGAUAUUUAUACGCA